CUCGAUCCACCUAUCCAACCGUUUUCACUAGACCAUCUGCUGAAAACCCACGUUUGAUAGCAGCAGCAACAUAUCAACUUUUUCGAGCACAACUCGGCCACCCCAGUCUCUCAAAAUGGCCCCGUCCAAAACGCCCCAGCCGCCCUAUUCCAAGGAUGAGCGCGUCCUGUGUUUCCACAUGGAGAUGCUGUAUGAGGCCAAAAUCCUGGACGUGCAGCCGACGGAGAGCGGCGAUGGCUGGAGCUACAAGAUUCACUACAAGGGCUGGAAGAGCAGCUGGGACGACUGGGUGCCGCAGGACCGCAUCCGCAAGUUGAACGACGAAAACAAAGAUCUCGCCCAGCAGCUCCUCGCCCAGUACAAGCAGCUGCAGUCCGGUAAGGCGGCCAAGCAGCCUAAGAAGGGCGGCCGUCCUGGUGGUUCCGAUCUCAGCUCUGCCCGCGGUAGUGAGGAGCGAACUGCGGCAGGUACGACGACACAGAACAACCGUAACCCGCGAAGGGCUCGUGAUUUUGACCUUGAAACAGUAAGUGGCGGCGUUCCCUUUUCUUGA